AUGGCUCAAUCUAUCGGCUCGAGCUCCAGCAUCGCCAAAGGACACAAUGCCUACGUUCCUGGCUACAAGGCCAACCACAUUAAGAACCACACCUGGCGGACGGCAGAGAACAGCGCCGCGUACUUGCUCCCAAAACUUCAAGAGAUGGCCAGAGAGAAGCCGAAUCUUCAGCUUCUUGACUGCGGUGCAGGCCCAGGAACGAUCACAACAUCGCUCGCCAAGUACAUGCCAGAAGGUAUGCGAUUGAUCGAGGUUUGGGCGUUCCCAAGCGAAUUCAGAAUCCACCGGGCUUCGAAGCACAGUAGCGACGUUAGUAUCACCGAUCAUUGCAGCUGACCCGCAGCAGGACAAGUCACAGCCACCGACCUGUCUGAGGAAGUAAUUCACCGCGCAGCGGAAUGCGCCAAGUCCCAAGGCGUGACCAACAUGAAAUGUCACGCCGCCAACGUCUACAACCUCCCCUUCGAAGACGACAGCUUCGACAUCGUGCAUACCCAACAAAUGCUCUGCCAUCUGGAUUCUCCCCUCGAAGCAAUCCAAUCCAUGCUGCGCGUCUGCCGACCAGGCGGAAUCCUCGCCAUCCGAGAAUGCGACAUGAGAAUGUGGGCUCUCUACCCCGAAGUUCCCGUGCUUCAAGAAUUCCACAAACUCGUCAUGGCCACCAUGAAAGCCAAUGGUGGCUCAAACGAUAUGGGCGUGCGGCUGCUCUCGCUAGCCAUGAAAGCUGGUCUUCCGCGCGAGAGGAUCCAGGCGAGUAUGGGAACGUGGUGCUACUCGUUGAGAGAGGAGAGGGAAGUCUGGGGCGGAGCCAUGCGUGAUCGGAUCCGUGAAGGACCGAUGCGGCAGAAGUGCUUAGAUCAGAAUCUGGGGUGGAAUGCAGAGGAGAUGGAUCGGAUGGCGGAUGCUUGGGAGGAAUGGAUUGAGACGGAGGAUGCGUGUUUUGGGUGUAUGCAUGGAGAGGUUAUCAUCACGAAAUGA